UAACUGUUCAUUGAAUGAAUGGAUGAAUAGCUCCUUGUUUCUGGGUCAGCUCUGGUCAUACCCUCUCCUGUUUCCCACACCUCUUCUCUUUGCCCACCCUGUCCUGUGGCCCUGGGGAGACCUCAGCUGGCCCAGUAGAGGCAGUGCUGGCCCGUGGUUCCGCCGAAGGGCGCCUCCAUGUUUGUGGGUGCACUGCACGCCUUCUCCCUCUCUGUCCCCCUCCCCCUCCCUGUCCUUAUCUUUCCCUUCUGUCUCCAUGGCGACUCACCACCUCGGCUUGCCUGCAUCCCAGCCUCUGCCAGGGAUUCUGAGCCGGGCUCCAUCCCUCCCUCCUCGGAGCCCUGCUACCCGCAGCCCUGUCUCCUCCCCCUGGGGUGAGUCCAGCAGCAGCCUCCUCUUUCCCGGCUGUCACAUUUCUUUUCCAGCUCUGCCCGGGAGUCAGCUCCUCGGGGAGACCAUCCCCCAACCUCACCUUCCACCUGCCGCAGCCCGCUAGCCUUUCCGGGAGAAAAGGCAUCCUUACCUCUGGUUGAAGGUCUCGGGGCCUCCCCCUCUGCAUCCGGACCCUCUCCCCAUCCCAGCCUCCCAUGCCGAGGCCCGCCUUGUCAGUCACUUCCUUUUGUCAUCGGCUUGGCAAACGGGAGAGGAAACAGAGCUUCAUGGGAAACAGCGGCAACAGUUGGUCCCACACACCUUUCCCCAAGUUGGAGCUGGGUCUGGGGCCCCGGCCCAUGGCACCCCGGGAGCUCCCCACCUGCUCCAUCUGCCUGGAGAGGUUGCGCGAGCCCAUCUCGCUAGAAUGUGGCCACGACUUCUGCAUACGGUGCUUCAGCACGCACCGUGUCCCGGGCUGUGAGCCGCCCUGCUGCCCUGAGUGCCGGAAGAUAUGCAAGCAGAAGAGGGGCCUCCGGAGCCUGGGCGAGAAGAUGAAGCUCCUGCCGCAGCGGCCGCUGCCCCCUGCGCUGCAGGAGACCUGUCCUGUGAGGGCGGAGCCGCUGCUGCUGGUUCGCGUCAAUGCGUCUGGGGGCCUCAUCCUUAGGAUGGGGGCCAUCAACCGCUGCCUGAAGCACCCCCUGGCCAGGGACACCCCGGUCUGCCUCCUCGCUGUCCUGGGGGAGCAGCACUCAGGGAAGUCCUUCCUCCUCAACCACUUGCUUCAGGGCUUGCCGGGCCUGGAGUCUGGUGAGGGCGGCUGGCCGAGAGGAGGAGAAGCGUCCUUGCAGGGGUGUAGGUGGGGUGCCAAUGGCCUUGCCAGAGGCAUAUGGAUGUGGAGCCACCCCUUCUUGCUGGGGAAAGAAGGGAAGAAGGUGGCGGUGUUCCUGGUGGAUACAGGGGAUGCCAUGAGCCCUGAGCUGAGCAGGGAAACAAGGAUCAAGCUCUGUGCUCUCACCACGAUGCUGAGCUCCUACCAGAUCCUCAACACCUGCCAGGAGCUGAAGGAUACAGACCUGGACUAUCUGGAGAUGUUUGUCCACGUGGCCGAGGUGAUGGGCAAGCAUUAUGGGAUGGUGCCCAUCCAGCAUCUGGACCUCUUAGUUCGUGACUCGUCCCACCCCAACAAGGCAGGGCAGGGGCAUGUAGGCAACAUCUUCCAGAGAUUGUCUGGCAGAUACCCCAAAGUGCAGGAGCUGCUGCAAGGGAAGCGAGCCCGCUGCUGCCUCUUGCCUGCCCCAGGGAGGCGGUGGAUGAACCAAGGCCAUGCAAGCCCUGGUGACACAGAUGAUGACUUCUGCCACCUUCUGGGGGCCUACGUCUCAGAUGUGCUGAGCGCGGCCCCUCAGCACGCUAAGAGCCGCUGCCAGGGGUACUGGAACGAGGGGCGCGCCGUGGCCAGAGGGGACAGACGCCUGCUCACGGGGCAGCAGCUAGCUCAGGAAAUCAAGAACCUCUCAGGAUGGAUGGGGAGGACAGGGCCCGGUUUCACCUCUCCGGAUGAGAUGGCUGCUCAGCUGCACGACCUGAGGAAGGUGGAAGCUGCCAAGAGGGAGUUCGAGGAGUACGUGAGGCAGCAGGACAUAGCCACCAAGCGCAUAUUCUCUGCGCUGCGGGUCCUGCCAGACACCAUGCGGAACCUCCUCUCCACCCAGAAAGAUGCCAUUCUGGCCCGCCAUGGUGUGGCCUUACUCUGCAAGGGGAGAGAUCAGACCUUGGAGGCACUGGAAGCUGAGCUGCAGGCCACGGCCAAGGCCUUCAUGGACUCCUACACGAUGCGCUUCUGUGGCCACCUGGCUGCUGUGGGGGGUGCUGUGGGGGCCGGGCUCAUGGGUCUGGCAGGGGGCGUGGUGGGUGCUGGCAUGGCAGCAGCUGCACUGGCUGCAGAGGCCGGGAUGGUGGCUGCUGGAGCUGCCGUGGGCGCCACAGGGGCCGCCGUGGUUGGGGGUGGUGUGGGCGCUGGGUUGGCUGCCACAGUGGGCUGCAUGGAGAAGGAGGAGGAUGAGAGGGUGCUGGAAGGGGACCGAGAGCCCCUUCUCCAGGAAGAGUAACAGCCCCAGGAGAUGUUGAAGGACGGGAGAGAUGUGAGGUGGGGACGAAGAAGAGAGGCAAGAGGGGUGAGGGUGAUGCCAGGGAUUCCAAGGCGCCCCCAUGUACUGCAUUGCCCUGGUUGAAUGCUCAGUGUCUGGGUAGCGGCUGAGCUGGGACUCAAGGUGGCUGUAGGAACCUGGGAGGCAGCAUCUGGGGGCAGUGGAUAGAAUACCUGGCCUGUUUCUGGUUGCAGAUGGUUGCCAAUCUGCCCUUGUCACAGAUAGGCUACAUCCCAGGGUUUCUGGCUGCAAGUGAGGCUCUACCCUCCCCGCCUGGCUCAUUUCCCUGAUGACCCUGGAUUGUAGGAAAGUUAAGCAGGCACCAUCCUGGAAGUCUACACCUGGGUGAUCAAGAGACCUUUUCUUUCACAGAUGUGAGAAGCCCCAGGAUGAUUGACCAUGGUGUUCAGGAGCAGGGAGCACUGAUGAGGUGCUGGGGAUAAAAGGAAGGAGGGAACACUGGGCAGAACCAGAGAGAUGGGACAUGGUAGGCUGUGGCCCAGACCCCAGAGCAGAGAAACUUGCUCCCAUGACUCUUCCCAAAUCUGCUCCAGCCCGAGUAAGGUAGCUUCCCCACCUCCUGGCCCACAGCCCCAGGGAGGCUGUCUGUGCAUCCUGAACCACUCUGUGCUGGGCCUCCCCGAGGACCUCUCUUGGGUGUAUGCCCUUUUUCAAGCCUGUUUAGAUGGGGGAGUGCCCAUGCCCUCUGUGAAAUGCCCAGAUGCCAAAGAAUAACACCUUUUCUUGCAUUUUGAGCUAAGCCAGACAGCCUUUCUACUAGAUUCUAUCAAAAUCUUGCAAAGGAGAACAAAAUGAACAACUUCUAUUCUUAAACACAUCCUUUCUCCCCUGGGCUUGUAAGAUGAUGCGGCUUGAUGCAGCUCCUCAAACACCAGGUCCCCUGGGAACUGGGGGUGCAGGAGUUCUCCCUCUGGGGGACAGAAAAUCUGACUACUAGGAAGACUUCUAGGCUGUGAAACUGACUUCUAGGAUAUGAAACUGACUUCUAGGCUAUGAAACUUACAGGGUAUGGGUGGGCACAUUAUCCUUUAUUUUAUGAAAAAUAAAAUGUGUGUAUGUGAAUGUCA